AUCAUUUUGGUGGAAAGAUGCAUCUAGGAUAUUUAAAAAUACGUGAUUUAUUGAAAGAACUCAAGGAAAAACAUAAAGAUCGUCGUAGUGAUUCAAGAGAAGGGCGAGGUUAUCAAGAUCGUGACAGAGAUCGUGGUUAUGACCGUGACAGGCAUAACCGUAGUGGAAGAUUUGAUUAUGAUAGGCGACAUACUCGUGAUCGCUCGCGAUCAAGGUCUCCUGAUAGACGUGGUGGCAGAAGGAGGUCUCGAA